UUGAAUUCUUCUCCUGCUGCAAACAUGAGAGAGAGUCAACUAGGACUGCCCUUCUCUCACCAGAAGGUCAGCUGUGGACUACCUCCUUACAGACAAAAGCCACAGCCACCUCUAUGGAAGAAUUAUUCUGCCAUAAUCCAAGAGCACAACAUUUCUAUUUGAGAAAAGAAUUUCAUCUUCUUGCACUCAAAACUUCUAACGCUCACACUCAAAACAUAUGCUCACACUUAAAUAUAUUAUCUUCUCCCUCAAACUUUGCUUCUGCUCUCAGAUUUAAUGCUUCUUCACCGAUAUUUUCUCCUCUCUCUUGCUUCCUUCUCUUCGCACUCAAACCGAUACGCGCUUGCGGAUUUUUUUUGCUCUCUCUCGGAUUGCAGUCAAUCGUCGCCUAGCAACCUUUCCAGCCAAUAGAACGGCAGCCUCAGAAAGGGUGCGCUUGUUUUACCCUACUGAGUGUGCCUGUGGUACUACACCGCUCAUAAGAGCAGCUGUUCACAGUAGUUUUGUGGCCAUACCUCGAUUCAGCAAAGUUCAGUAUCUAUGGAUAACCCAAACGGUUCUGAAACUCUGCUGAGACGUCAAAUUCUGGAGAGAUUGCUGAGCAAAAUGCAACAUGUGCUUAGCCACCCUGACACAAAUGUGGACUAUCUUCAUUUCAUGUGCACUCAUGAACUUGUUUUAGUUGAAGCUGUGGCAGAGCAUGUUGCUAUUCCAGUGUCGAUUCUAAGUGCCAUAAGGCAACUGUGCAGUUUACUUAGACUUCAAGUGGAGACUGAAGAACCUCUAUGUUGUGAGGUAGAGGUAGUGCAUGGUGCGAAAGGACGACCUAAAUUCUGCAUUCAGAAGGAAAAGCUGCAAGACCUGAUGGAGACCCAGUUGCCAAUCCCAUGUAUUGCACAGUUAUUAGGAGUAAGCGAGCGUACAAUAUUUCGACGCUUGAUGGAGUUUGGAAUUUCUGUGAGAGGCUCCUACAGCUCAAUGCCAGAUGAGGAGCUCGAUAAUGUAGUGAGGAGCAUCAAAGCUCAGAUGCCUCAUCUUGGCUACAGGCUUGUAAUGGGAAGACUUAGGUCUUUAGGUCACCGGAUACAGUGGAGCAGGGUAAAAGCAUCUAUGCACCGAGUGGAUGGCACGGGGGCUCUUUCUCGACUAACACAGUUAGGAUGUGUUGUGAGAAGAAGUUAUUCAGUAAGAGCACCACUUUCACUUGUUCAUGUGGACACAAACCACAAACUCAUAAGGUUCAACAUAGUCAUUUUUGGGGGCAUUGAUGGCUUUUCCAGAAAGGUUAUGUACCUAGAAGCUGCCAACAACAACAAGGCAUCGACAGCCUUCAAGUUUUUUCUGUCUUCAUGUGAGAAAAAUGGUUUGCCUUCCAGGGUCAGAGGUGAUCAAGGUGUGGAGAACCUAGAUAUUGCACAGUUCAUGUUUACUGUGCAAGGAACUGAUAGAGGAAGUUUCAUCUCUGGUAAGAGUGUCCACAAUCAGAGGAUUGAGAGAUUGUGGCGGGAUGUAUGGAUGGCUGUAACAAAAAACUAUUAUGAGAUCCUGCACAGUCUGGAAGAGGAUGGGCUACUAGACAUCUCAAAUACAUUGCACAUCUUCCUGCUGCACUUUGUUUUCCUUCCCCGGCUUCACAGAGACCUCCAAACUUUUACUGAGGGUUGGAACAAUCACCCUCUACGCACAGAGGGUAACAUGACUCCCCAUCAGUUGUGGGACUUAGGACUGCUACACAGCAGAACAAAUGAGGAUGUAAAUGAACAUCCAGACCUCAACAUAGAUUGGGAGAGUGCUCUACACCAUGUUGAGACUGAUGAGCAAACCGGGCUGGUUGUUCCUGAAUUUCCCUCUCCUCUAAAUGACCACGAAAUGAGAGAGCUUCAAGCCAUUGUGGAUCCCACAGCCCCUUCUGAAUCUUAUGGUCGAGACAUAUUCUGUCGCUGUAUUCAGAUCUUCCAGUAAAAACAAUAACAGGAAUAUGGGCCUGUCCUGUAAUCCACUGCAAGAAGGCGCUUGGAGACAGGGAUGAGCCAUUCUCAGAACUCAAA